AUGUUGGAUCUCACAGAGUGCCCAGUCGACAAAAUCAUUUCUUCCAAGGCCUUUCCAUGCUUGAGCAAGAACUUUGCCAGGCUCACUUCAUUCUCACACACUAAGAACGAAGACUUGUUACCGGAGAUGGCGGACAAGCUCGGUGGAGAGGGGCUGAUAAGGGAGCUCUGCAACGGUUUCCAGCCGCUGAUGGACAAGGAGAGAGGUGUCAUUACGCUAGAGAGCUUGAGGAGGAACUCUGCUGUUCUGGGACUGCAGGAUUUGAGAGAGGACGAGCUUGUGAGUAUGUUGAAGGAAGGUGACUUGGAUGGAGAUGGGGCUCCGAAUCAGAUGGAGUUUUGCGUUUUGAUGUUCAGAUUGAGUCCUGAGUUGAUGGAGGAGAGUUGGAUUUGGCUUGAGCAAGGAUUGCUGGAGGAGCUAAAUAGUAAUACUAAGAGACCUUGA